AUGGGUGGUUGCUACGUCGUGAGUUGGCUUUAUAAAGGUUUUGAUGAAGCAAUUUCAGACAACUACCAAUUAUGCUGCUUCCGACUAAGGAGCGUACUCAAUCGAUUAUCUCGAGAACGCUUGUUAGACAACCAAAUCAGGAAAGAACGUAGUCUUAAUGACAGUUUCUAUCGAGGACCACUAAUGCUGCCCGGACUGUGUGGAAUAUUAUUAAGAUUUCGAACGUUCAUCUAUGGUGUUAUAGCAGACAUUGAGAAAGCGUUUCUUCAAAUUGAACUGCACGAGCCAGACCGUGACAUGACUCGGUUCUUAUGAGUAAUAUCCAGUCCGUUUCUCUUGACAACAAUUGUGGCACAUCAUUUCAGGAAAGAAAUCGAGGAGAAUGUGAGGAAAGGUGACACCCAGAUAGUUGAACUGUUACAAAAAAUAACCAAUCAG